GACACCAUUUCUCAUUGGUUUAUUUCGAAAGCCCACCAUAUUCGAAUGUUUAUUGUUUUCUUUUCCUGUUUAAAAAAUGAAGCCUAAAACUGAAAAAGAUAAGAACCAACAUAUACAAGUGGCAGUUCGUUGCAGGGGUAUAAACUCUACAGAGAAAAGGCAAGGCUCCUAUUCAGUAGUUGAUUCAAAUGGAGACAAGAAGGAGAUUACAGUGAAAGAGCGCUUAGGAAUCAAUCCAACUACAAAGACCUACAAUUUUGACCAUGUCUUCCCACCAGCAGCCACUCAGCUUCAUGUUUAUACCAGUAUUGUCAUACCUAUUAUUGAAGAGGUGUUACUGGGAUAUAACUGUACUAUAUUUGCAUAUGGACAAACAGGUACAGGAAAGACAUAUACCAUGGAAGGGGAGAGAAGUGAUGACCCCAGUGUAUCCUGGCAAGAAGAUCCAUUGGCUGGUAUUAUACCUAGAGCGAUGUUUCAUAUUUUUGAGAGACUUCAGAGACAGGAUGUAGAGUUUUCCAUCCGUGUCUCAUUUCUGGAAUUGUACAAUGAAGAAUUGUUUGAUCUGUUAGGAUCUACUGACGACCCACUUCGACUCAAAAUUUAUGAAGACAGUUCUAGAAAGGGAUCAGUUAUCAUUAAUGGACUAGAAGAAGUGGUUGUAAGAUCUAAAGAUGAAGUAUUUCAAAUAAUAGAACGAGGAUCUGCCAAAAGACAGACAGCUGCUACACUGAUGAAUGCUCAUUCAAGUCGUUCACACACAGUCUUCUCAGUAACUAUACACAUUAAAGAAAACACUGUUGAAGGAGAAGAAUUAUUAAAAAUAGGAAAACUGAAUUUAGUGGAUUUGGCUGGUAGUGAGAACAUUGGUAGGUCAGGAGCUGUAGACAAGCGGGCUAGGGAAGCAGGCAGUAUAAACCAAAGUUUGUUAACAUUAGGGCGUGUUAUUACGUCACUUGUAGAACAUGCUCCUCAUAUACCCUACAGAGAAAGUAAGCUGACAAGAUUGCUGCAGGAUUCACUUGGAGGGAAAACAAAGACAUCAAUCAUAGCUACAAUAUCCCCUGCAUCUUGUAACUUAGAUGAAACUUUGAGUACACUAGACUAUGCACACAGAGCUAAAAACAUAACAAAUAGGCCAGAGGUUAACCAGAAAUUGACAAAGAAGGCCCUUCUUAAGGAAUACAAUGAAGAAAUUGAAAGACUAAGAAGAGAUCUUCAAGCUGCUCGUGAGAAGAAUGGUAUAUACAUAGCAGAAGAUAAUUACAUAGCCAUGCAAACAAAGAUAACACAGCAGCAUGAUUCAAUCAGGGAAAUGGAAGAACAGAUAGCUGCUCUAACUGAAGAAAGAGACAAGGUAACCGAUUUAUUUACCAUGACUAAACAAGAAUUAGAGGAGACCUCACAGCAGUUAACAAUCACAACAGAAAACUUGGUAGCUACUACAGAGACAUUACAAGAAACAAAGGUCACUUUAUGUGAAACCAAACAAGACCGUGAUGAACAGCACCAUCUGCUGGGGAAACAUGUGGAAGCUGAGGAGAACUUGUUUAAUGAAGCAAAACAGCUUUUGGAUACAGUACAAUCUACAUCAUCUGAUGUUUAUGGCUUACAUGAUAAAAUAGACCGUAAAAAGAAAGUAGAGCAACACAAUGAGGAAACACAAGUUUCAUUCCAAAAUAGAUUUCAAACUGAAGUUGCCAGCAUGCAAGACAAACUGACAGAAUUUGUUUCCUUACAGAAGACUUCUUACAACAGUCUUAUGGAUCAAUCAAAGAACUUAUUACAGAGGAGGCAAGAGGAAGUAACUACACUUUGUUCACAUAUAGCUGAUCUUCAUUCUAAUAUAACCUCUCACACUGAAGAGUUAGUAUCCUGUCAGGGGAGACAAUUAGACAACACAACCACAUGGGCUGAUAGAAUUAAGACAGACACCACAUCAAAGAAGAUGGAGGAAAGUCAAACGAUGUCUACCUUUAAGUCAGAGGAGUAUGUUCCUCUUAUGACAAACAUACACCAGAACCUAACUUCUACACUAAACAAGUUGUCUGAUGAAAAACAGUCUAUGACCACACAGCAACCUGCAAUUGAGGAUAUGUUGAAUGAUUGGGCCACAAAUCUUCAGACAAGUUUGGCUAGUAUAGUUACCAUGGUUACAGAGUACACAAGUCAACAAGAAGAAAAGAUGGAAUGGCUUCAGAAAAAUUUGACAGAGCAGCAUGAUAUUGAUCAGGAAAUGGUGAAAUUAUUGGAAAGAAGACAAGGCUUAUUGAAAAAUACAAAUGAGUAUGUAGAAGACAGAAAACAAGCCAUUAAACAGUUCUAUCAUAAAGCAGAAAGCAAAUUAAAGGAGGUCCAGAAAGAAAAUGAAGUGAAUUGUCAGAAGAUUACCAAGUCAACCUCUGAAAACUGCCAGACAAAUCUGAUGGAGGUAGACAAGAUACACACAGAAGUUGCUGCAUGUAUGGAUGCAUGCAACUUGUCAAAAAGUAAAGUUCUGGAAUUCCAAAAUGACAGAGAACAGGUAUGGUCUGUCUUUGAAGAGAGAAUCUGCUCAAGCGUAGAAGAAUUUAAACAAUCUAGUCAACAAAAUUCAGAGAAAUAUGCAGAAAAAUCAAUGAGUUUAACAGAUCACUCCAAGGAAAGCACAGACAAACUGAUAUCCCAUGCUAACCAAAACCAUACAGAAGUAGUCAAACAUAUGGAAGUCAGUCAGUCACAGAUGACAGAACAGAUAGAUCAUGUGACUGAAUGGUCACAGUGUUUGACUUGUGAAUUAAACAGGAGAACAGAGGAUAUACAGAACUUUUUGGCUGAAGAAAUAAAGAAAGAUAUUCCUACAGGUUUAACUCCUCAGAGACGUGAGAUUACUUAUCCCAGAAUCCUCACUAAAACUGAUGAUCAUGGUGUGAUCCUGACAGAUUUCAGAUCAACAUAUCAACAAGAUCCAAUAGUGAUGAACUUAGAUUCACAGUUAGCAAAAGUUGAUGAGGAAGAUAGUACACCAAAAAUAGUUAUAGAACAGGUAAAUGGAGAGGAGGAAAUAAUGCGGGAUGACAUGAGUGAUUGUAGCAGUAGGUCAUGUAAAUCUUCAACGUCUGGUAUCUCAACUAUGUCUGGAUUCAGUAAAGCAUCAGAUACAAAAGAGAACAGGGUGAGGAAACACCAUACCAAGUCUACUUCUAGUUCAACCAGCAAAAAGCCUAAAACAAAUCAAGACAAUAUAACACCAAGAGGGAAGUCACGACUACCACUAAGGAGUAACAACACUGAUUCAUAAGAUAUCAUUUUUAUACAGUAUUUAAAAGCCAUAUAUAUAUCUGUACAUAAAGACAUUUUAAUAGUUUUAGUGGUUCUUGACUUUUUAUUCGGUUUUAUUUUUUUAGUGUAUUCAUAUCAAGUUGAUGUUUGUAAUUUUAUUCUAGCUAAUCUUGUAUUUAUUAAACCUCAAUGUAAUAUAAAAAAAAAUACAUGCAAUAAAAUUAGAUCAAUUUUUUACAGGAAAAUUUGACAUUUUUCUAUUUAUAAAUGCAUGUGAGGUUCUGAUUUUUGAAUGAUAUAUCAAGAAGUUGAAAAUUAAUACAAGGAUGGACAAAAAUUCCUCGUUGAUUUAAUUCCCCAGAUGCAAUAAUAUUUCCCUUUGAAAGUAAUAUUUCUUCCAACCAAUAACAGUUACAAUAUAAUCAUUCUUUUGGUAGUAUUAAUGAUUCAAUAAAUGAUUAGAUAUAUAUUUGUCAAAAGCUUAAUGUCAUAUUGUUCUGUAUCUUUCUCAUUUGCAU